AUGGCGUCUGACAGCCCACUCUACAUUGGCUUCGACCUCUCAACGCAGCAGUUGAAAGGUCUGGUUGUCAAUUCUGACCUCAAGGUCGUUUACAUCGCCAAAUUUGACUUUGAUGCCGACUCGCACGGCUUUCCGAUCAAGAAAGGUGUUCUGAACAAUGAAGCAGAGCACGAGGUGUUUGCUCCGGUCGCCCUGUGGCUGCAGGCACUGGACGGUGUCUUGGAAAGUCUGCGCAAGCAAGGUCUUGACUUCAACCGAGUGAAAGGAAUCAGCGGCGCAGGACAGCAACACGGAAGUGUAUACUGGGGUCAGGAUGCGGAGAAGCUCCUUUGCAAUCUAGACCCGAAGAAGUCCCUCGAAACACAGCUGGAGGGUGCUUUCUCCCACCCAUACAGCCCCAAUUGGCAGGAUUCGAGCACGCAGAAGGAAUGUGACGAGUUUGAUGCGGCUCUUGGUGACCCUGAGCAUUUGGCACUAGCCACAGGAAGCAAAGCACACCAUAGAUUCACAGGUCCUCAGAUCCUCCGCUUCACGAGGAAGCACCCAGAGGUUUAUCAGAAAACAUCGAGAAUCUCCCUGGUUUCGUCCUUCCUGGCGUCGCUCUUCCUGGGUCAUGUAGCCCCAUUCGACAUCUCCGACGUAUGCGGCAUGAAUUUGUGGAACAUCAAGAAGGGGGUUUACGAUGACCGCCUGAUCCAGCUCUGCUCGGGUGUCUUUGAAGUCGAGGAACUCAAGCGCAAGCUCGGGGAGGUACCGGAAGAUGGAGGACUGCACCUUGGCCACGUCCAUUCAUACUUCGUGGAGCGCUUCGGCUUCAGUCCCGAUUGUACAGUGAUCCCAGCAACCGGAGACAACCCAGCGACUAUUCUGUCGCUACCCCUGCGACCAUCAGAUGCCAUGGUUUCCCUGGGCACAUCGACCACCUUCCUGAUGUCCACUCCUAGCUACGUACCCGAUCCCGCCACACACUUCUUUAACCACCCAACGACCCCCGCAUUGUACAUGUUCAUGCUGUGCUACAAGAACGGCGGCUUGGCCCGUGAACAAGUCCGAGACGCACUCAAUGAGAGCCUAAAGGAUACCCCUGCCCAACCCUGGGCCAACUUCGACAAGGUUGCGCUGCAGACUCCCCCGUUGGGCCAGCGGGAUUCUACAGGCCCGAUGAAGAUGGGCCUGUUCUUCCCCCGACAUGAAAUUGUGCCCAACAUCCGCAAAGGCCAGUGGCGCUUCACAUAUGAUCCAAGCACAGAAAGUCUGCAAGAGACUACUGAUGGAUGGACUACCCAGGAUGAAGCCAGGGCUAUUGUUGAGAGUCAGAUGAUCUCACUGCGUCUGCGUUCUAAGGAGCUGACACAGAGCCCUGGUAAUGGACUUCCUGCUCAGCCCCGACGGGUUUACCUCGUUGGUGGAGGAUCCAAGAACAAGGCCAUCGCUAAGAUUGCUGGUGAGAUUCUGGGUGGUGUUGAGGGUGUGUAUCAGCUCGAUGUUAGCGAUAAUGCCUGUGCCCUUGGUGCUGCAUACAAGGCUGUCUGGGGUAUUGAGAGACAGCCAGGUCAGACCUUUGAAAACCUGGUCGGCCAGCGGUGGAACGAGGACCAGUUCGUUGAGAGAAUUGCCGAGGGUUACCAGAAGGGUGUCUUUGAGAAAUAUGGCCAAGCUGUUGAAGGGUUUGCGAAGAUGGAGCAGCAGGUAUUGAAGCAAGAGGCAGAGAAGGGCAUCUAA